ACGACAUCGCAACUUGCUGUGACAGCGACCCUCCGGCAGCCGUUCUUUGAGAUCUCCGCGUUCACAUGUAUGAUCUUCUUUGUAUUUGCGUUCUUUUGAUUCCAAAGUGCUUUGAACAGUUCUUGAAGGUCCAGUUUGAUCACAAAAAAGUUGAGAUAACUGCAAAGUGAAUAUGGUUGCUGCUGCUUAUCACCAAGCACUACACUUCAUAAGUUGCAGCACUUGUGCAUCCAAUGAGGGCUUCAGGAACUUAUUGGUCACAUCUACAUAUGAAGGUCUUAAAACGAAACCGAUUGUCAGAAAAGAAAGUUGCAAUUUGAGGCAGUUUGUAAAAUGCAAAGGGCAUUCACUAAAUUCAUCUUUAUGUGCUAUUAAGCCAAUUUUCUCCUCAUUGUUAAGUACCAAAGAUUCGCGGAGAUCAGUAUUCUUCCCUGCAGCUGAAUCAUAUUUGAUCUUAAUACGGCAUGGAGAAUCGAUGUGGAACGAGAAGAACUUGUUCACUGGUUGUGUAGAUGUGCCACUUACCAAUAAAGGAGUAGAAGAAGCAAUUGAAGCCGGUAAGAGAAUCAGACACCUACCCAUUGAUGUUGUCUACAUCUCUGCAUUGAUUCGUUCUCAGAUGACUGCCAUGCUUGCUCUAACAGAGCACCACUGCAAGAAGGUGCCCAUUAUUAUACACAAUGAGACUGAACAAGCCAAAUUAUGGAGUCAAAUUUAUAGUGAAGGCACUGAGAUGCAAUCUGUUCCUGUUAUUAAAGCAUGGCAACUGAAUGAAAGAAUGUACGGGGAACUUCAAGGGUAUAAUAAGCAGGAAACAGCUGAAAGAUGCGGGAAAGAGCAAGUCUAUAAAUGGCGCCGAAGCUAUGAUGCUCAGCCACCCAACGGUGAGAGCUUGGAAAUGUGCCUGCGAAGAGCUGUUACCUAUUUCAAAGAGCAAGUUGAACCCCAACUUUCCGGUGGAAAGAAUGUAAUGGUAGUAGCUCAUGCAAAUUCAUUGAGGUCCAUCCUAAUGUAUCUUGAUAAAUUGACUGCUGAGGAGGUCAUCCACUUAGAACUCUCAACUGGAGUACCAAUGCUUUACAUAUACAAAGGGAAUCAGUUCAUCAGGAGGGGAAGUCCCUUGGGAUCUAUGGAGGCUGGAGUUUAUGCUUAUACAGAGAGCUUGGCCUUGUACAAGCAAAAUCUGCUAGAUGAAGUGCUAGAUGAAGUGUCUUUGUAAGUUUUUGCCCCGAAGAAAAUCUAGGAUGGACGCUUAAAUAUCAUGAUGUCGCUGGAAGUGUCAUUGAGGCAUUUUCUGUCAUCAAUAACUCUGAGAAACCGGAGCCAAGAUGGAAGACAUUUUUAUUGCAGCUACCUUAUCUAACAAUCAAUAUUUCGACCCCUCUUAAUGGUUCAAGUAAGUAUACCAGUGGAGAUGUGACUUGUUGUGGAACGGUGGAGACCAGAUCCAAAGUUGAUUCUACUUAGCUGAUUCUUACUAUCCUCAAUUGAGGAACUUUAUCAAUUCAUUUUUGCAUGUUCCUUUACAAAGUUUAAUAUCCAAAAGUAAACCUUGCACAAGGAAGAAAAUAAUUACUUCACGUCAGCGCUGAGCUGAAUCCAGUGUGAAUAUCCCUAAUGUAACUCUGCAUGUCUUUCAUUGGUGCACGUAUACUACGUUACUAUGGGCAUUGUGUAAUUUUGUGUUAAAUUGAACUUCUUUAGUGCUUUCAAUAAAAUGAAAAAAAAAAAGUUGAGUUUUUA